GACACAAACUCGCCCUCCUCUACAACGACAUUUCCGUCCUGGAGAACCAUCAUCUAUCUGUUGCCUUCAAGCUGCUCACAGAGUCUGGUUGCGAUAUCUUUGCAAGUCUGGGUACGAAGCCUCGUCAAUGUCUUCGGCGGCUGGUCAUCGAAUUGGUGUUGGCGACGGACAUGUCUAAACACGUGAAUCUCCUCGCCGAACUUCGCACCAUGGUGGAGACCAAGGAACUAGCUGGUACCGGCUUCCUUAACCUCGAUGAUCACAAUGACAGGAGUCUCGUAAGUUACUACAUAUUUUUUCCCCUAAGGCAUCUACCAUUUCAAUAUACCUCUAUAUGCCUGUGA